AUGCUCCCUUCGGACCUCUCGUGGGUGACCUUCGCCUCGCUCGUGCUCGGGGUGAGCUGUGCCAACGACUUCGUGACCAGUGGCUCGAAAUCGUUCCCCAGCCAGUUUGGCCUGGACAGGAAGACCACGAUAUACUGGGGCAAUCGAACAGGCUUCAUAGCGGGGAUCUAUGUGUACACAAACGGGCAGAGUGACGACUCUGCGGAUUACACUUGGGUAUUAGCACCGAACUGCCCGGGGGACUCAGACGAUGACUGCGUAGCCCAUGACAAUUCGGGCUCGGCCCCGUUUUACGUCAACGGGACGGCCGUGCCCCUUGGCUCGGGAUAUCAGCUUCGCCUAUUGUGGACCACCUCGAAGCGCUACGAUGAUGUCGACGACGACACAGAAGAGACAGCGUCCCCGAGCUUUAGUGUUGUGCCAGCCGAGAGCAUAAAGGGGCCGAGCGACGUCCCCAAGGGACUGGGCCCAGCUGAAAAGGCGGGCAUUGCGAUCGCGGUGGUCGUCGUGGUGGUAUUCCUGCUUCUGGUAUUAUGGUUGAGGUGGCGAAAGGAGAAAAGGAUCAAGCGGAGGAGAACGAGGCAGAUGAGGGACGUGAGGGACUCGAAACAGGGCGGCUGGUAUGAGAGGUGGACAAUGGGCAAGAGGAAAGACACAGACGACAGCUGGACCGCUGCGAACCUGCCAGCCAAGCCCAGUCCCGCAGCGGCUGCCGAUGUUCGUAAGGAUAGCAAGACCGGUAGCGACGGGCAGCUCUACAUCGACGACAAGGCCGAGAUGCCCACCGACGCGGGGAACCGGCAUGAGGUCCACGCCCAGGGAACCAGCGCGGCGAGGAACAAGACCGAGCUGGACGGCACGAGUGCGCCGCUGGGGCCGGCCGCUGUCGAGUUGCCCGCGGAACCGGUGAGCGGACAGAACUCGGCAUUGCAGUCGCGGACGGCGAGCACGGCGACCUCGGGGACGAUGUUUGAGUACAAUCCCAACCCAUCGUACUCGCUGCAGGCGCCGGCCUCGCCGCACCCAGACGCGAACACGGUAUCACCGGUGUCGGAGGGCGUAGGCGCGUUUAACUCGAUGGCUGGUUCGGUUUCACCAGUGACUCCUAUCGCCAGAAAGCCCGUGGGUGGAACGAUAAGAGCUGUCCCGGAGCAGCAGCAUCAACAGCAGCAAUAUAAAGAUCCUGGGAGGCAGAUAACGGUGAUGACAGACGCGGAUGAUGAAGCUCCAAGAAGAGGAAAGUCUGCGAUCCUGCGGAAAGAAAAGUCUCGCAUCUGGAAAAUGCUCGGUGGGGGGUCGACGAAGGGUAAACUGAACCCAGCGAGCGGCGCCAAUGCUUGA